GUUUCACUUUCGUUGCGUUUCACUCUUUGUCAUUACUCGACAAUUUUUGGGUAAACUUGAAUUUUGUUCGUUCGUGAAUUUAUUUAUAAAUUAAGAAAUAAGGAGCAAAAUGACUAAUAGUGUUGAAGGUACAGGCCAGGACGUUGAAAUGGAUGUGGAACCUUCCAGUGAAACUGUAGGAGAUGCGAAAAAAGAUCAAGGCGUUUCCACCGUCUUGGAAGUCCGCGAGCAGAUACGCCAAAUUGAAAGGGCCGUAGCAUCUAAAGAAUCGAGAUUCAUUUUGAGAGUUCUACGUUCGCUUCCAAACACACGUCGGAAACUUAGUGCAGCUAUUUUCAAGAACCUUAUUCAAUCUAUUUAUCCAGCCGGUACGGAACGAGAAACUGCUCUAAGUUUGAUUCCAAAUACUCCGGUCGGGGUUAUAGAGCCUGAUGUUCCGCGAAGCCGUUCUGCUUCAAAGUCUCCAAUCGCCGAAGUGGACGCAUACUUUUAUUUGCUUUUACUAGUGAAACUUAUCGACGAGGGUGAUAUAAAACGUGCAGUUUUAUGUUCUGAAGCUCUUAUGUCUAAAAUAGCGGGGCAAAAUCGGCGUACUUUAGAUUUGAUUGGAGCAAAAUCGUAUUUUUACUACUCUCGAGUCACGGAACUCAAUAGCUGUCUUGAAACUAUAAGAGGAUUUCUUCAUGCUCGCCUGCGAACGGCUACGCUCCGAAAUGAUUUCGAAGGACAAGCAGUUCUUAUUAAUUGUUUGCUUCGAAAUUAUUUGCACUAUUCACUUUACGACCAAGCUGAUAAACUAGUAAAGAAGUCUGUUUUCCCAGUUUCGGCUAGUAACAAUGAAUGGGCAAGGUUUUUGUAUUACCUAGGCCGUAUCAAAGCAGCGAAGCUGGAAUACAGCGAUGCGCAUAAACACUUGGUACAAGCACUGCGCAAAGCUCCACAAAAUGCAGCCGUUGGGUUUAGACAAACUGUACAGAAAUUGAUCAUAGUUGUCGAGUUGCUGUUGGGAAAUAUACCUGAGAGACAAAUUUUCAGGCAGGCAGCACUACGAAAAUCACUUGCUCCAUAUUUCCAACUUACUCAAGCAGUCCGUUUGGGUAAUCUAAAGAGAUUUGGGGAGGUAGUUGAAAACUACGGUCCUAAAUUUCAACAGGAUCACACCUACACUCUCAUUAUUCGACUUAGGCACAAUGUUAUAAAAACUGCCAUACGCUCAAUUGGACUUUCCUAUUCACGCAUUUCUCCAAAUGACAUCGCAAAACGCCUAAUGCUGGAUUCAGCAGAGGAUGCAGAAUUUGUUGUAUCUAAAGCCAUUCGGGAUGGCGUUAUUGAAGCUACUCUCGAUCCAGAACAAAAUUAUAUGCGAAGCAAAGAAAGUACUGAUAUAUACAGCACUCGUGAACCUCAGUUGGCUUUUCAUGAACGUAUUACAUUCUGCCUUGAUUUGCAUAACCAAAGUGUGAAAGCGAUGCGUUACCCUCCGAAAUCCUAUGGGAAAGAUCUUGAAAGCGCCGAAGAGCGCCGGGAGCGUGAACAGCAAGAUUUAGAAUUAGCUAAAGAAAUGGCAGAGGAUGACGAGGAUGGAUUUUAAACCGGUUUCCUUUCUCACAUCAAAAACAAUGGCCAGCGCUAUUUUACAAAAAAUUUAGUACAUACAUACGCAUAACUUUAACGGCACCCGUAUUUGAAUUAAAUGUUUAAAAA